CCUCGACCCCGAGCCUCCGAUGCAGCAACCAAAGCUGCCACUCCAUCAACAUCAAAGCCGUGGGUACACCGCAAACGAACUUACUUUGCAUACUGCCUGAUCAGCUUCAACUGCCUCGGGAUACCGCUCUCUUUUGGUCCUUUUCUCGAGUACUACUACACCGUAUCUCCGCACACCUCACUUCUCCCCCUCUCCUCUAUCAUCGCUGUCCAACUAUUUUGUAUAUUUGGCCUUGUAAUCCCUGCUGCGUGGCUAUACAGACGCGGAGAUUUGAAGAUAUUGGUUGUGGUAGCGACUGUGCUUGCGAUCGCUGGUCAGUUUGGUCUCUCCUUCAGCACGAGCCUUCGGUUUACAUGGUGGUACAUGCUCAUGAUGCAAGGGAUUCUGAUGGGCAUUGGACUAGGGAUUCUGCUCGUGGCUGGAAUCCUCUGUCUCUCGAGCCACUACAAGAACAAUAUUCCACUGGCUUCAAUGACUGGAACAAUCAUGGGACCACUUGGUGGGGUGAUCUACACAACUGGCUCGUACAUUCAAUUCCAGGAGAGGGAGUUUCAGAAAGCAUGCUGGAUCAACUGCGGCAUUAUGGCGGCCACGCUUGUUCCUGCCUGCUUCUUGAUGAAGCCCUCCGAGAUAUACGGCAGGCUUUCAACCCAGGCACCAGAGGAGUCGACCAGAAUCUGGAAAGAAAAGGACACUCUUCUUUUUACCCUCGGAUAUCUUUGCUUGUUUUUCGGACUUUUCACUUGGCCGGCUUACAUUGUGCUCAUGAUUGCUAGCACACCGCAACACGAGUUCCCGACGUCGCCCACGGUGGUCCUCAUGAUCACGUACGGUGUUUCGAUCCUCACAGCCCCAAUCAUGACCAGUGGCCUGGUGUUGCGAACGAACGGUGCGCUGAAUACCUUUAUUCUUGCGGCUGUUGCAGUCGGAGCGAGCUUUAUUUUCCCCUCCCAAGCACCUUCGUUAUUAGCAUUUGAGCUAUGGUGCACUCCUUACGCCGUAGGACUUGGUGCUGUUCUUGGGUUGUAUAUCAGAGUCACUAGCAUUUUCCAUUUCUCGGAUGCGACAAGGCCUUUCGAUAGGCCAGCGCGGAUAUCAGCGUUGCUGACUUUGGUCGGGAUUGUGGCAGCGGCAGGAGUCGUGACUACGGCGGCUUUGGUUGAAAUGGAUGACGGAGGAUUCAAAAUUGCGAUGUUAAUCAAUGGCAUCGUGGUAAUGGCUGGAGGUUUGCUUAUGUGGGUGGGUAGGUGGUUCCGGAUAGGCAGUCGGGUUUGGUUUUGCAUUUAGGGGUUGGGAGGUGUGCCCAUGCAUGCACCUUUAGUCUUUACUUUACUUUUAGAGACCUGAUUUUGCUUGUAA